AUGGCGCUCGAGGAUGGCGAGUUUAGAGACGACGAGUGUGGCGAGCUUCUCAAGUGGUACACCAGACACGAGAAGUUGGGGCAUGGAGGACAGGGCCAGGUCUACUUGCUGAGCGACGCAGCCCACAACCGCUAUAGGUACGCAGGAAAGAUGUUUAAGUCGGAGAGUUGUGCCGAGAGGGAGACAAGGAUCUUGGACAAGCUUCGCCCCAUUCCUGGAGUUGUCUUCCUCCGGGAGCUGAGGAGGGAGAGGAAGGUUGGCGGGCGUUGCUUUGGAACGAUGGUCAUGGAACUUUGUGGCCAUAGCCUGCGCGAUCUAGCGAUGAAAGGGCCACUGAGCGAGGAGGAGGUAGCCGAGAUCGUUAAGAAGCUGGCGGAGACACUCCAGGGCGUCCACUCGAGUGGUGUUGUCCAUCGCGAUCUCAAGCUGGAGAACGUUUUCACCGAGCUGCAAGAUGCAAGCACGAUCAGGCCAGUGAUUGGGGACUUUGGAGUGGCGACCGACGAUGCCAGAGAGAUGAGCCAGAGCUGCGGGACUGAGAAGUACAUGGCUCCCGAGCUUAUCUUUGUCGAGAGAUAUGGGCUGUCUUACACCAAGGCGGUGGAUGUUUGGGGGCUUGGAGUGAUCGCAUACGAACUCCUCAAGGGCUACAAGCGAUCGAACCUGGAGAUGCAUUUGCUGCGCGAGGGGGAGUUCCAGUGGCCUGCCAAUCUGUCGCCAGAGGCGAAGAAUCUGAUCAUGGGCAUGCUGGAUUUGGAUCCCAGGAAGCGAUUGACACUAGAUCGAGUGAUCAAUCAUCCUUGGAUUCUAGAGAACUGUAGCACCACACGGGCUACUCCUGCCAAUAUCACAACUUGUUGUGGAAGGAAGAGAUUCACUCCACAACAACACUCUAGCCAUCCAGCUGUGAAGAAACUCAGGGUGGCUUAG